AUGUCUGGGGAAGCGGAGAAAGUCACCCAUCAAGAGCUAACCUCUGCACCGCCGGCUUGGUCGACUGAUGUCGGCGAAACUUCAAAACUGGCCGACAUCAAUGCAGUGGCGAAUGGCGAUGUUGACAAUAAAGCAACCGGCGACAAUGACAAAACUGGUCAGGUCGCCCCAGUUGCAUCAGGCGGUCCUGUGGAGUCACGUAUCGCCGCACCGUCUUCAGCUACCCUAACUCCGGCUCCGGCUCCGGCUCCGGCUCCGGCUCCAGCUUCGGCUCCAACUUCAGAGAGCCUCGCAGAGCCGUCGACAUCAGAAGAGAACUUGGACAGCGCCAAAACCGAGCCUAGCGGCCAGACCAAAGCUACACCCCCCGAAUCCGUCACGUUGCCAGCCGCAUUAGUCAAGACGGUGACAAACGGCACCACCAAAGACGUUGAGACGACGGAUACACCCCAGAAAAGCACGGAGGCAGCUACCUCGGACGUUUCAGCUGAGUCUACGGAGGUUAAUACUGACAAGGUGGCAGAAGAUGCCAAAAAUGACAAAGCCGCUCAUGCGCCAGCUGUUAGUGCUAAUGGCAACACCAGGGACGACGAUGCUGAGAUGGGUGAAGCUCCUGUGGCCCCGGACAGUACAGCAGCGACUAAAACAGCAGCAUCUAUACCGCCGCUUGGGGGCGGAAAGAGAAAGGCAGAGGAGGCUUUCGGGGAUAGCAACGGUGACCUCGGCGAAACGCAGGCUCAACCCGAGAUCAGCAUCACCAACGCCGUGAAUAAGAGCGAGAUACCAACAAAAAAACGCGGCCCCGGCCGGCCCAAGAAACAGCAGAAAGAACGCAAAAUUCUCACAUCAGUUGGACGUACAGCGAGGAAGACAAGAAGCCAAGGUCCGGUAUAA